AUGAUCAAGACCGAUUCGACAACCACCUUCCUUCCGAACCCACCGUCGCGUAGCGAACUGAAUUUCUUGAUCGAGUUGCCAACUACAUGGCAUAGUUUUUUGGCACUUCGCAAUCUAUUUGGAGUGAAUUUCGUCUGGACUUUGAUGGAUGGUUGGAAGACGACUUUACACCGUUGGGUAGUCCUACACUACGCUUCAUCACUUUGUCUGAACUAA